AUGCCAGUGACAAUCCCCACUCGCUACCAAUACGGGAACCCUCACCUGCCUACCAUCAUCGUCAUCGACCACAUGCAGUCGAAAUCCCUGGGAGACCUGGCUCAGAGCCAAACAUACGCCUUGGCCGACCACGGAAACCGACGCGCCACAGAUGCCCAGUCCGAUGUAGAAGCCAAGAUCCAUAAAGAGUCCAAGAAACUCGAGUUCAAACACCGGGCGGCCCAAGAAGCGCUGGACCGCCGAGCCAAGAAAAAGGCCACGGACUGGGCGAGCGCGUUAGCAGGGCCGUCGGAGCAGUGCGACCCGGGCGAGCCGGCGACGGCACCGGCCAGCUACGAGUACCACGGCGACAGCAGCUCGUCGUCGGGCCGGCUGCGGCCGCCGGAUGAGCGGGUGUGGUUUGCGCCGAGCCCGGGCCCGGAGAGGCUGGCGGAGCACUUGGAGGGGCUGGGGCGGCAUGGGGUCUGGGGGACGUCGGCUUCGGGUGGGGGGACGCGGGUGACUUCGUCUUCGCAGCUGGAGAGGGAGGUGCUGGAGAUGAUGGGGUGGGAUGUCUCGAUUCGGCGAGUAGGCGGCAUUCUUCUGGUUAUUCUCGUCGGCAUCAUCGGCGUCGAGGAUCAUCUCGUGGAAGUGAAGCAGAUGGGGGAUGUUGCGUAA